AUCUGCCGCGCAGCCAGUCCCAUCAAAACCUCCCAGAGACGCAGAUCUGAAUGCAACUUGUUGACGUCUCUCUGAUCUCUCCCGGAGCAGAGCGGAUCGCAUCAGCACCGGGAAGCCCCCGUGUCUCUCCCCGGGGGGUUUGAUUGUUACUGGAGACAACCCACAAUGAGCUGCGCCUUGAUGCAUCAGAUGGAGCUCCGACGGCAACACACUUUUUACACUUUUCACACAUUUUAGGGAUUGAACUUUGAGAGAAAGACAUUUUUGAAGCAGAAUGCCAUAAAUUCGAGUCUCUCAAGUUUGCGGGACAGCUGAAAUUACAUCUGUUUAACUGUGUUUAGAUGAGAUGUGAAGCAAUCCCAGCUCCUACAUCAGCUACUCAAGCUGUCCGCCGGUUCCCUCAGUCUGUGUUUCGCUUGCUUGUACUGGACGUGCGUAAAUAAAGGACACCGCUGCUGGGAUUCCCUGAUCUCUUUUGUGCUCAGCUUUUAUCAGAGAGAAAGAGGAGAGAUAUUCACCAAAUGAAGAAAAAAAAUAUGGAUGCUGCAGACGAAGCUUCAUGACUAAACCUUCCCAGCUAUACGGACGCUACAACUGGAAGUUUAACUGACAGUGGAGAAGAGAAGCGAACACACAAGCAUUUAACACCGGGAACCUGAGAAAAAGGCUUUGCUGAUCACAGCAUUUCAGCAAACUUCUAUACAACUGCCAAAAGCUAUAUAUGGAUAUCGAACAAUUACCCACAGGAUGGCUAGAUUUUUUUAUUCUUCAUCUGGUUUUUGAUGUGCAUCAUGUGACUGUAACGUCCAGGCUUUUCAUUAUCAUCAAAGACAUGAGACACAGCCAAGUUUCAGUGUAAAACCUCAAUUUAGAAGGCUUCACGUGGACUCGAGAAUAGAUAAGAGAGAGGCAACAAGCGAACCUUGUGUAUCUGUCGUCAUCAUCUUCCUACAUGCAGCUCCCCGCUUAGCUUUAUUGAAAAGGAGGAGCCCAUUAAAGCAUUUGAUAGAUAGUACGGUUUGGUCUGAAGGUGUUGGUGCCGGCUGGCUGCUGGUUGGAGAUGAGAUAAGAGUGUUGGGAAGAGAGAGAAAAGGAGUGCAUGUCUGACAGGAGCUGAAUACAAAUUAGGAUUCGGCUCUCCUGCAGCUACACCAGCGAGAGGAUCAAUAUUGGAGGGGUGAAAUGGACAAAUUAACCGGCUUCAAUUACAGCAGCAUGUGAUGUAGAUGGAAUUAGGAGUUUCGCUGAAGGUUUAUUUGAAAUCACAAUACAAGGGAAAUGAAGGAAAAUAAGGAGGAUAAAAGAUAAGCUUCUGCAAUUUGUACAGCCAGAACCAGCAGUGCCAUGCCACUGUACAGCCCUCACCAGCGCCAUGCCUGAACUAAUGUGACGAGGCUGGUUUAAACCUCACAGAAACAAAGGUUUAACAGAAGCAAAGGCGACAUGGAGCUGGAUAAUAGCUCACUGGACUACUUUAGCAGCAACUUCACAGAGAUUCCCGACACCACAACAACACCACCCUGGAACAAGACCACGCUGCUCGGCCUCCAGAUCUCCCUGUCUGCACUCCUAGCUCUCGUCACCCUGGCUACUGUGCUCUCUAACGCCUUUGUCAUUGCCACCAUCUUUCUAACCAGGAAGCUCCACACCCCUGCUAACUUCCUGAUUGGCUCCCUCGCCGUCACAGACCUGCUGGUGUCUAUUUUAGUCAUGCCAAUCAGCAUCGUCUACACCGUCAGCAAGACCUGGUCGCUGGGGCAGAUUGUUUGCGACAUCUGGCUGUCGUCUGAUAUCACCUUCUGCACGGCCUCCAUCUUGCACCUGUGUGUGAUCGCAUUGGACCGCUACUGGGCCAUCACAGACGCGCUGGAGUACUCGAAACGCCGCACCAUGCGCCGGGCAGCAGUCAUGGUUGGGGUGGUGUGGGUGAUCUCCAUAUCGAUUUCCAUGCCUCCACUUUUCUGGCGGCAGGCCAAAGCCCACGAGGAGCUGACAGAGUGCAUGGUGAAUACUGAUCAGAUCUCUUACACCCUAUACUCCACCUUCGGCGCCUUCUACGUCCCCACAGUGCUCCUCAUCAUCCUCUACGGACGGAUCUAUGUCGCCGCCCGCUCCCGCAUCUUUAAAACACCUUCUGCCUCUGGGAAACGUUUCACCACAGCACAGCUCAUCCAGACCUCUGCGGGCUCAUCUCUCUGUUCUCUUAAUUCUGCCUCCAACCAGGAAGCACACCUACACUCUGGCAGCGCAGGAGGAGGGGGAGGGUCGCCUCUGUUCAUGAAUAGUGUGAAAGUGAAGUUGGCAGACAGCGUGCUGGAGAGGAAACGUCUGUGCGCGGCUCGGGAGAGGAAAGCGACCAAGACGCUGGGCAUCAUCCUGGGCGCUUUCAUUGUCUGUUGGCUCCCGUUCUUUGUGGGCACGCUCGUCAUGGCCAUAUGUAAAGAGUGCUGGUUUGAUCCAGUGCUUUUUGAUAUAUUUACCUGGCUGGGAUACCUGAACUCCCUCAUCAAUCCUGUUAUCUACACCGUAUUCAACGAUGAGUUCAAACAGGCUUUCCAAAAACUCAUUAAAUUCAGACGAUGCUCCUGAAAAAACGGAUUAAAACUGCAGCUCUUGGAAAACGGGGGCGAAAAAGACAAAGAGAAAACAAGAUAAUAAUAAUGAUAAUGGAAGUACUAAAUGUUCCAUCUCGUAAACACAUGCUAAUUGUGAUUUGUUUUUUAUAUCAAACUGCUCCGUGCCAUAGCUCUUUAGAUACCAUAUCCUUCAUAUAGACUUAUGCAUGCAUGCUAAAAAAAGAAUUCAUUUUGACCCAGAAGAAUUGUGGAACUUAUCAAAGGGACACUGCUGUUAUUUCUUGGACAAAAGCCGACAUCAAACAAGGUUUGGUGUAACUGUAUAGAAAGAGCAAACUCAGAGGGACUGGGUUUAAUCCAGCGGAAAUGAAAAGCCAUGAAAUGUAUGUUGUCUUAAUCUCUGUGUUAUGCUGUAUGCUGCUGCUCCCAUAUAAUGUUUCUGUGGUACAGUAAAGUACUUAGAAAGACUGCAAAACUCUAGAGAUUCAGUAAAACUGUCGCCAUAUAUGCAAUUAUAUUUUAAAGUGGUGUGCGUGUGUGUGUCUGUGUGUGUGUGUCUGUGUGACUGUGUGCAAAGGUAGUUACUUUACUGUAAUAUAUGCGUGUUUGAGGAAUGGAGGAUUGUCAAGUGUUUGACAUUUAUACAUGCUAUUCUCCAGCAAGGCUCGUCUCGUCGUUACAGAGACAGAAAUGGAAAAAGCAUUUUCACUCUGCCUCUGAAUUUUAAGUAACAGCCAAUGCCAUAGCAACAAAUAAACCCUUUCAAAACUGUUAUGAAAUGAUGCGCUCGAGCAAAAAGGACAAGGUAAGAGCAAAUAAUCAGAGUCCCGGCCACUCAGAGGAAAUUGAGACUAAUUUUUUGCCAUUUAAUGUGUUUGUUUUCUUCAUGUAAAUGCUUCUUUUACAGUUAUAUGAAAGAGUUUUAUUGGCAGAUGAUUGGUACUUGCAGGAAAGGUGAUUCACUGAUGUUAAAAUGACCAUGACAAAAGAUGAAAUGGCUGAUUUCAGUGUUUUUAAUGGUGUCUUUGUGUCUUCUGGGCUUACAUGGUGUAAAAAAUGUCUGUAAGA